UCGUCGUCGGCGAUGAUCUGACAGAGGUGCGGCAGAACCGAGCCGAUUUCCACCCACCACACAGCAUAUCACAUGCUUGGAUUAGCUGAGGUGUAAAUUAAGCCUGGACUAGUCACAGCUCCCCAGCGAGAAAACAACAGAAGGGCCGUGAAGAUGGAGGAGACAGAAACAGAGCUGACCUGCUCCGAGCAGGACGCUUUAGGAGCAGACUUCAUCACGGUAGAACUUGACACCCAGCCCAUCGAAUAUGUGGUCAAGUGGGCCGAGGUGGGCUCAAAAUUCACUAUAACCUGUGUGAAAAAGGAUUUGGACGAGGAUGCUUGCUUCACCGCCAAUCAGAUGGUGAAAGUCGAACCGGAUGAGACGUUCUAUGUCCCUUACGACACAGUUUUCCCAGAAUGUGACGAAGCAGCUCCAGAUUUGAUUGCGACGCAUGAGGAGGAGGUGGGCAGUGAGUCAGACUUCAUCUUCAACACAGAAGCAGGGAAUAGCCAGUUGUGCGUUGAGGAGGACCUUUCUGAUAUUUGCUGGGAAAGGGAGGUGUCUCAUGCUAGAACAUAUAACUGCCGCUUUUGUGGCAAGAGCUACAGCCAUUCCUCCAGUCUUGCUCGCCAUCUGCACGUACACUCGGAUAGAUCAUCCCUCACUUCCUCUAAAGAUUUUGGCAAGUUGUGCGGCAACAAAAAGUCUCUCCAGUGCAAUCUAUGCGGCGUAAGGUGCAACGGCAAGCGGCUUUUGGCGAUACAUAAGAAAUGCCACAAAACCAAGAGACUGCACACGUGCAACACCUGCGGCAAAACGUUCAAUCACAGCUCUAGUCUGUCGCGGCAUCGGUUAAUCCACAAAAAAGGUUUGGAUGAAAACAUCAGACCGUUGUACCCAACUCCAACCCUGGCUCCCAUCAUGACCCAGCACAAUUUCCCAUCCAGCCACGGCACGAGUAAAAGAACGGCGAGCCUCUCCUCAGGCGAGCGAGAAAAGCAGUACCAGUGCACGCAAUGCGACAGGGUCUUCAGCCACUCCGCGGGACUCUCCAAGCACCAGGUGGCUCACGUGCGACAGCUGCUCAACUCUUACACGCACGGCAAAGCCUCGCUCGACAAGUCCUCGGACCUCAAGAUCCGCCUGAAGCUCUGCUCCCGCGACAAGCCCAACUACUACACCCUGUGCAAAAAGAACAAGCACGGUAAAGGGGGCAAGAAGAGGUUGUGCCUGCCGAACGAUGAGCGCAUGUGUGAGAAACGCUUCAGCCACACCGCCAGACUCUCCAGCGACAAGUGCUACACCUGCAACGUCUGCAAGAAGACCUUCAUUCGGCUCUCCAACCUCAAGCAGCACCAGCAAACGCACGCAUCGGGAAAACUCUACGAAUGCCCACAGUGCGGGAAAACUUUCGUUCACUCCUCCAGUUUCUCACGCCAUAAGAAGGUCCACACGAUGAUAAAAUUGUCCCCGAAACAGGAAGACAUUAAGUGCGAAGAGGAACUGGUCAUCGAUGAGGUGGCCCCGCUGGAAUAUGAGUCAGAGUGAGAAAGACCGAGGCUCAGGAACUGUCAAGGCUUAGCUGAUGGGGAAAAAUUAGGUUUUGUUUAGUUUGUUUUACGAAAUUGUAAUUUGGGUGUGGCGUCCCUGGCUGUGUGGGUUCUAUCUAAUAUUCUUGUAAUUAUUAUAGCCCUUUUUGGCCACCUUUAGGGGAUGUGGUAUCCACCUUUGUUAAUAUAAAACAUAAAUUUUUUUGGUUGACAUUCCCUUUUGUUUUGUUCGUUCAGUUUAUUGGCAAAGUAAUUAUUUACAAGCCAAAUCGUGUAAUUUAUGUUCCUUCAUUUUUAGGUAUCCACAAGAAAAACAAAAGAGAAAUGUAGGUGUUAUUUAUUUUUCCUUUUAUUGCACUGAAUCUGUGAACCCAAAAUAAAGUACUUAUUAAGGUGCGGGUUGUAGUAGAGGGAGGGGAGGGGCAAAGGUCAGAUUGAAUUCAAGUUUGUUAGUAGGAACCAGAGUUUUGUAUGCAAGAAGUACAUUUAUGUGCAAUUUACUCGAAUGUUGUUCCAUUAAGUGUGCAGUUUGAAUCAAUUAUUUAUCCUGUAAUUCUAUUUAGUGACCUAAUUUCCUAGACAAUGAAAUGCAAGGCUUUUCUCACCUGAAGUCUGGAGACACAAAAACAGGUUGCUGUAUGGUUUUAUAGGAUAUAAAAACAUAUAUAUACAGGUAUAAACUGCUGGACGAGUGCAAAUGGAUAAGCUGUACUCUGGACUAACAAGUGUUUUGGGGUGUUUCAAUUGUUCUGGAUUUAACUGGUUUCCUCAACAUGUUGUCUUUGGUACUUAUUUCCUCUUUGAUUGUUCUUUUGUCAAAAUAUGAAAUCCAUUGUGUCCAUGGAGGGUAUUUAUGAUAAUACAUUCGAUGCUUAUUGGACAUGGACUUGUACAGAUGUGCUUAAAAUAUUGUUCAUUUAAAUUUGUGCGUGUGCACUUGAGUGAAUAUGAGAAAAGGAUAUACCCGCAAAAUGUGUGCUUUUUACUUCUGCUGUAUAUGUGUAAAAAGUUGCAGUUGCAAAAAUAAGUUCUAUCCGAUUUAUUUUUCUGUAUCUUCAUAAGUUAUGGAAUAGCCAAGGGAUUUCAUAUUUUAACAAGCAUUGCACUAUUGUAUUUUUAGACAAGCACUACAGCUUUAGGAAAUUGUGAUGCGACUUUGGAUCUCCCGGUCAAAACCUCAAAGGAACGAGGCACCGAAAUAUCUUCCACGCAUUUUGAAAAAAUGUAUCAAGUGCCCUCAGCUACUUUGUGUAAGAGCAAAGCUCUUCAAUGCAGCACUGAAGACCUGCAGUUCAGCUCAUCAAAGGCGUGUAAUCAGCCUCAUGUUCCAUCUUCAUACGCGGCAGGACUUUUGCUCACCAUGUGCUGUCUGAAUUGAAAUUGAAUAGCAAUUACUAUGGUGUUUGAAAAAUGAGACGUUGGGAUGCUGUAUGAAGCACUGAUGAUACUUCCACCCAGAAUGAUGUUAUUAAAAAA